UCUACUCAAACUCCACGCGUUCGAGGAUACAACCGUUUUCCAUACAAUCAUCAUGGCUGGAAGAAAAACGAAUUCAGCGGCGGAGUUUGACCGUGAUUGUUUCGUGUUGCCUCACCUGCUGUGGGUCAUUCUCAUCCCUCCUCUCGAGUACAUCGAAUUUAUGGCGGGCUUCGCACCAUAUGACAUCCCGUGGUAUUUUGGUCCUUUAGCAACUUUUGGAGAAUUUAUGGGAACACAGCACCCUGUGCUCUCCUUUCGUUUGUGCAUGUUCACUAUAAUUUUGCAUUCUACAGAAGCCGUGAUUUCCUUGAUCCUAUGCCGUAAUCGCGGCUUUAGCGUCGGAGCAACCAUCAAGUGGAUACUGUCCGCCUAUGUCUACGGGAUAUUCUCCGUGCUCAAGCUAUUGCCGCUGAAGCCUCCUACCAAAACUGUGUAGUGGCCAAACCACUGUUACUUGUUUUUAGCCUUUUUUCUAUUUUCAAAAUGUGAAUGUUUUCAGUACCCCUGUAUGAUUGUAGAUUAUCGUAUGCAUGGACAAAGUUUGUGAUCUGGUAUAUGAUGUCCAGAGAGAUGGCGGGGCGUGAGUUCUUUUCACAUAUGUUUGAUUGUUUCCCCGUCAAAUUAAUGAAUAUGUCCCCUAUGUCGUAUGUUCCUUGUCAGUUCUUGGUGUGUGCAAAGAGAAACUACACAGAAGCUUGCCGUGCUGCAGCAGUCAGCAAUGGUGUGCUCCUAGACUGUGACUUGCGUGAAGGAUGCAUUGACUUGUAUUGCAAUAUUAAUGACGGCAAAAUCUGAGAAAGGAUGCCAUCAUUAUUAUUUUGUCUUAACCUUUUUUUCAUUAAUAAACAGCACUAUCAUUACGUAA